AUGAAUUCCCUACAAGCAAUCGGCAUCGAACUUCUUGUAGCUGUGCUUUUACAUGGCAAUUAUUGCUUCGGACAAACUUCAAGCACCGAACAAACCACUGACGCUAAAAGCAAUACGACAGGAACGAAUAACGUUACUCCCACGGUAAUUUCAACUGAUCCAAAAAAUGAUCCUGACUCCAGUUCCUCAACGUUUGAAGGCACUACUCAUACGGAAGAAACUGCUAGCACGAGAAAUGACAGAACAGAGGGAAGUACUGAUACUUCCACAGACGUUUCGUCCAGUAAUACAAAUGAUCUUGACUCCAGUUCCUCAACGUUCGAAGGGACUAAUCAUACGGAAGAAACUGCUAGCACGAUAAAUGACAGAACAGAGAGAAGUACUGAUACUUCCACAGACGUUUCAUCCAGUAAUUCAAAUAAUCCUGAUUCUAGUUCCUCAACGCUUGAAGGCACUAUUCAUACGGAAGAAACUGCCAGCACGAGAAAUGACAGAACAGAGGGAAUUACUGAUACUUCCACAGACGUUCCAUCCGGUAAUACAAAUGAUCUUGACUCCAGUUCCUCAACGUUUGAAGGCACUACUCAUACGGAAGAAACUGCUAGCACGAGAAAUGACAGAACAGAGGGAAGUACUGAUACUUCCACAGACGUUUCGUCCAGUAAUACAAAUGAUCUUGACUCCAGUUCCUCAACGUUCGAAGGCACUACUCAUACGGAAGAAACUGCUAGCACGAGAAAUGACAGAACAGAGGGAAGUACUGAUACUUCCACAGACGUUUCGUCC